UUUUCGUAUGAGCGGCGGCAGGGAGUACGUAUCUGCGGCAGCGCCAUCUCCGCUUUCUGCUGGUGGUGAUGGCUCCGGAUCGCCUGAUAUGUCCAAGCUCAUUGCUGGGAUUUGUCUGGUGAUCCUCACUUACACUUCCUGCUUGGUCACCAUUGUGCUCCUGUGGAGGAAGAGGAUGCAAAUUCGGCAGGAGCAGGAUCAAGAGAGCUACACGGACGCUCGUGGCUCUCGAGAUCUUUUCCAUCAUGAGAACAGCGGCGACAUGGAAAGGAGAUUGGAGCGCUACACGUUUCUGCAGCUACACAAGGCCACCCAAGGCUUUCAUCUCAAGAACAAGCUCGGCCAAGGUGGAUUUGGAGAAGUCUACAAGGUACGUAAAGAUACCAUAGAUCGAUCACUCGGACCAGAACUUCUCAAUCAGGGAGUGCUGGAAAAGGAGGGGAUCGUGGCGAUCAAGCAGCUGAUGCGAGCGCCAAACCGUCCACAGCAAGGUGCCGAGUUCAUCAACGAGGUCUCCAUGAUCUCCUUUGUCCAGCACAAAAACUUGGUGAGACUGCUGGGCUUUUGUGCCGAGGGCGAGAAUCGUCUCCUCGUCUACGAGUUUAUGGAGAACAACAGCCUCUCGAAAAUCUUACUUGGAGGUCGCUUAUUCGUUGACUGGAGCGAUCGAUUCAAAAUAUGCGUUGGAGUGGCUCGUGGACUGGCUUACCUGCAUGAGGAGUCCACAAUCAAGAUGAUCCAUCGCGAUAUCAAAGCGGGCAACGUACUCUUGGACAGGGACUUGAAUCCAAAAAUUUCGGAUUUUGGGCUGGCAAAGCUCAUGGAAGCUGGUUGCUCUCACCUCAGCACUGGAGUUGUCGGAACUUGUGGCUACGUUGCUCCAGAAUAUUUGUUCACUAGCCAGCUCACGGAGAAGGCAGAUGUCUACGCAUUUGGAAUCCUUGCUCUCGAGAUUGUAAGUGGGCGACCAAACAUGAACCUGGAGCUGCCUGACGAGGAAAUCUUCCUUCUCGACCGGCGAUCACAGGCAUGGACUUUGUUCGAGGGUGGUCGUUUGCUCUCUCUCGUGGACACGAGGCUUGUAAUUUCAUGCGCGGCAGCAGAAGUGGAGAGGGUGGUGAUGGUUGCUCUCCACUGCACGCAGGCCUCUCCCUCGGCACGGCCAUCCAUGAGUAGCGUCGUUGGCAUGCUCCUGGGAAACCUCACCGUCACCACGGAAGUCGUCAAGCCAGGAUUCAUUCGCGAUCUCAGGAACUCGCAACGAAGACUUUGCACUAGCAACACAAGUGUUUUGCGUGUGUGUCCGUCUUCCUAGGGCUUUCUUUCUAGGAAUGUAAUUUCGAUGAUAGCAUGGCGACGGUGACCUUGCUGCUACAUUUUGUUCCAAGCUCAAGAACAAGUAAGUGAUGGUGGCUAUCUAGAA